CUUGUCAAUGUCACUGAAGUGGUCCAUUUGAUCUGCUAUGAGUGUAUUGGUGCGGUUUAAAGAAAAAUUUCAUGAGAAAAGCCCUAACUAGAAAAUUUUCCGGUUCGUCAAAACUUGGACGCGUUUUCAAUCGUCAGAAAUCCGGUGAUGUUUCGAAAGAAGGCCAAAUGAGUCUUGACUCACUCGAGUCGCUAAAGGAGGAAAUCGAUAGUUUGAAAACUGCACUAAAUGCACUCAAAAUCGACUUAGAAAAUAAGGAAAGCAAAUUGGGGAAAUUAGCAAGAGAAAAAGAGAAACUAUCAAUGAGUCUUGCUAAAAUGAAACGCUCGAAUGACAAUCUCGCGCGACAACUCGAAGACGAGAGAGAUUUUUACUACAAGGAGAAGGAAACGUACUGUCACGAAAUGACCGAAUUCAAAAAACUCAAAAAAGCGUUGAGUAACACCACUCUGGGGGGGCAAGUCGACCUCCAAGAGGUCGAAAAAUUGAAAAAAACGCUCGAACAAACGCUCCAAACAAACUACAAUUUAAGUGUUAAAUUUUUAAGGAUGAAGGAAACGAAGAACCAGUUCAAAACCAUGCUUGAAAAGACGGAAGACAAGCAUCGCAGGGUAGUCAACGAUCUCAGAACCAAAAUCGAGACCCUAACGUCCGAACUGAAGCAAAUCCUCGACACGAAAUUCGAAGCCCCCUUGUCCCCCAGCAAUAAAAAGUACCUACAACUCGUGAAUCAAAACAGUUCAUUAGUCUACGAAAAUCUGUAUCUGCAGAUGCAAAUCGAUAACUGGAACGCGAAAACAAGACAUAAAAGUGAGGGCACGAUUGUGAAACUUUACGAAAGAGAAAAACGCCCCGACAUUCCAACUGUGACAAUUUUAAACGAGAAAGAAGUCGGGAGACUCUCCGAACGCAAAAUCAAACUCCCUCUCAUUAACGACUCCAAACUGGAGGUGUUCCAAGUCUCGGAGUUGGGGAGUUGCGACUCGGUGAAAGUCAAAAAGCGGAGUCGCUCGGCUCCGAGAAUAAUCCAAAGUGUCGUUACAUUUGAAUAAAUAGCUACAAAGAAACUGGUUUUGAA